AAAAAAUGGAAUAACUCUUAAAAACAUUCGAAUCGCGUGCAAAACACACCACAGAGGGAAUAUUGUCGUAGUAUGUAGUUUGCUUUUCAACAUAUUAUUCUUCUUCUUCGAUUUUGUUUCUGACGACUCACUCAGGCACAAUGUCUGAAUCACAAACUUAUUUCUGCCCCAUAUGUACGCGUACAUAUAGACAGGCGACACCUUUGAUGUUGGGUUGUGAAAUCUGCCCCAUCUGGAUGCACGCUAAGUGCCUAGGGGUCAAGAAGUCCAAGUAUUUCUUGAUGGAUGAAGAAGAAGCGCAGGAUAAAACGAUUUACUGCCCCAGCUGUACGCAGCUAGAUCCGUCUAAAAUCGAAGAGCGCACUAACAAAAACAACGAAAUACUAGGUUUUCUAUCGGCCAAGAGCGAAUUAGUAAGCGCGUAUAAUGCACUCAAACAUAACUUAGAACCCGGGGACGCCGUCAGCUCGCCCGUACGGGCAAUAGUACAAAAGCGGGCUGAGGAAGAGAUAGUUAAAAGGAGUAACGACAAUGCUAGAGCACGUCAGAACGCCAGCAGCGAAGAAGCACCACUGGGGGCGGGUCCGAUUAUCACCUUAACUGUGUCUGGGGCAAAAUCUAGCGAUGAAUCAGAUGGUGGCAACCGUGGGAGUGCCGGGGGAAGUGCUAUGGUUAAUGGCGACACAGGGAAAGAUAAGAAUACACUCACAGGAACACAGCAGACGAGUAGCAGGAAUAAUUCGCGUAGUGCGUCGCGGACAGGGAAUAAUCAACAAGAGAGGAGUUAUAGCAUCAAACCUCAGAACGAGUACCAAAUUUUCAAAAGCGCUCUGAUGGCCGCAAACCCCGGACAGAGCCACGAAGAGAUACAAUUGCUAGCACUUCAUGAAUGGGCCUUGCUGGGCCCGUCCGAGAGGAGGAAGUACACCAACGAUGCCAGUAAACGGAGGUCCGAACACGGCAAAUCAACUAAUUCGGAAACAGUCAACAAACGUUCACGGGGGAAUUCGCCCAGGUCCCCAAGACCGAAGAAGAAGAAAAAAUAAACACUUUCUCGGACCUAUUUGUCAUCAUUCCGAGAUAUUGAGGUGUACACACA